AUGGAUGCGACUCUAUAUCUGAAGUUUUAUGUGGACAGAUUUUCUCUGAGCUCCUGCUCCAGGUUCCCCCUGCGUCAGUACCACUAUGUGGACUCGGCCAAGUCCUGGUAUGAGGCCCGACAGUCCUGCAGAGAGAACUUCACCGACCUGGCUACAUUUGAAAGCAUGGAUGACAUAAACAGGCUGCAACCCCCCUUCAAAAACACGCAGGCCUGGAUUGGGCUUUGGGAUGAUCCGAACGCUUGGCAAACAUCCAUGGGCAACCAAAGCAACUCCUGGAGAUGGUCGGCAACGGGGGAAACCAGCAAGACCGGGUUUAAGUCGUGGUAUUCCCCAAAUCCAGAUUUUUAUAGAGGCGGAGAAACAUGCGUGAUAAUAAGGAACAAAGGAGUUUGGGGAGACAUAGACUGUGCUUCCUCCCUGGGCUUUUUAUGUUUCAAUGUAACAGAACAGAACCAGAAAGUCUAUUUUUACAUUGGACAGUCCUUGUCCUGGAGUUCUGCUCAAAACUACUGCAGAGAGCACUACUUGGACUUGGCGAUGAUUGAGAACCAGGAGGAGAACACAAGGGCUGGCAGCGCUGCACCAUCCUCACCUCUGACCUGGAUCGGUCUGUACCGGGAGCCGUGGACCUGGUCUGACCAGAGCCACAGCACGUUCCGAAACAACAACCCCGCCGGCCUGACCAACCCCAGCGGCGGACACUGUGUGCUGGAGAACACGGAUGGUCACCUGUGGGACAACCAGGACUGUAGUGUGAAAAACAGGUUCAUCUGCCAACAAGGUGACGAUUCAGUCCAGGUUCCACACAGAACCCGGACUCUGCUGUGUGACUGUUUGUUCUGUUUGGCUCAGUUUCCAGGAUGAGAACCACCUUCAGGUUAAAACUCCUCAGCCAGGUGGACCUGAGCGAUCCAGCGGUGAAAAGCCAGAUCCUGCAGCAGCUUUCUGCUUUGCUCACAAAAGACGGAUGGAGCGACUUCAACCUGCAGUGGACAGUUAAACCCCAAAAAACUCCGUAGUGAUGCAGGGAUGGUCCUCCAGAUGACCCCCAUGUCCACAGGAAAAAAUGUCCGUAAACCAAGUAAAACCUUAGAGAUUAAGACGUUCCUCCCUUGAUACAACUGAAAAAAUCUGAACCAGCAGAAUUUGUCUUGGUGAAAUUUAUGUGAAUAAGUUUGAAGACCAAAUUGGAAAAAAUGUCAGCAAAGUUCAAGUAACUUUGAAAGAAUUCAG